UCACUUUAAGUGAACAAUGCCAGUCCUCUUGUCGCGAUGCUAGGCAACUAAUAAUAGUAUCCUGACCGUCUGACUCCAAAAAACACUCAUCUUCUUGACACCUUCGCCCGGUCAGCUUCUCUUUACCUCAUUGAAUACUGUCUCAUCAUCAAUCCCCUCAGUACUUUUAAGUAUGAGAACGAGAAGGUCUAAUCUACCUCAAGACGCAGACUCCUCUGUCAGUAUCACCGAUAUGUCACCAUCAACCAUUUCACUGCCGUCAGUCAGGUUGUCAGUGCGCCCUAGGCCCCAAGGCUCCAGCACAACCAACACAGGUAUCAGUGAAGUCGCAAACGCAGAGCCCCGAAAGAGUGGACAGGGCGUUGAGGCGAUGGGCCAUGGCGUGAAGGAGCUUUUGUCCGCUAUAAAUAAACUGGAAGAGCUCGGGAUGGACAAGCUUGUCGUGAACCUGCCAAAGAUCGUUGCGAUUGGCGAUCAGUCCGCGGGCAAAUCGUCGACAAUUGAAGCCAUUAGCCAGAUUCGCGUCCCAAGAAGUACGGGAACAUGUACACGAUGUCCUUUUCACCUGAACCUCACACAUGUGGACGAUGGCCAGGGUGGAAGUAGUUGGUCGUGUACCGUUGAAAUUCAUCACAAGUACAGUUUCGAGGGUGUUCAACGCGGUCGAGCAAUGAGUGGACCGUUCCCGGGCUGGCGACUUAACCAUCAGCCUCUUAUAACGCAUUUCCAGAGGACGCACGAUCAAGAUGCUGUGGAGGAAAUUCUGCGUAGAGCACAGUUUGCCGUCCUCAAUCCCAACACCGACCCUCGAAAGUAUGCCGAAAAAAUUGAGGUUUCAACUUCACUCGCAGUAGAAUUCUCACCUAAUCCGAUCGUCAUCAAUAUCACUGGACCACACUUACCUGAUCUAUCCUUGGUAGACUUGCCAGGUGUCAUCACGCAAACAGAAGAUGGCAAGAACACUCACCUCCCCAAAGUGGUCCAGAAUCUGGUUAAGGACUACAUUACUCCCAAGAAUACAGUCAUUCUUUUAGCAUGUUCUAUGGAGGGCGACAUUGCCAACUCCAACGCGUCGAGCUUGCUCAGAAAGAUUCGAGCGGAGAACAGAACUGUGGGUAUUUUGACCAAGCCAGAUCGGCUUCCGAAAGGCGACCCUGUAGACCUCUGGCAAGCUAUUCUGGCUGGUCGGAAGUAUCCUCUGAAACACGCGUAUUACGUCACCAAACAACCUUCGCAGGCUGAAAUGUCGUUUGUUGACCACGCUCAAGCGCGUCGUGAUGAGGAGCACUUCUUCGAGUCUGAACAGCCGUGGUGCACUGAACUCGCGUCUUUCAGCGCCCAAUUUGGAACCAGAAAGCUCCAGGAACGACUAUCAGCACUACUGGCGUCGACCAUAUCUGCAAAUCUACCGGAGAUCCGGGCUAAGAUCGAUGAGCGGAUCUUGGUCAUCGACAGGGAGCUCAGCCAAAUACCCGAGCCUCCAUCAGCUAACGCAGUACAUGUGGUCCUAAGUCAUUUGGACGAAUUUGUAUCUGCAGUGAGCACAGCCGUUGAUGGCCUGUCUCCAAAGUACAUGUUUCGAAAUGAAUGGAAGGAUAUUAAGAGCAUGUUAAGCCAGGACCUCUUUGCAUUGAGACCAAAGCUACGCAUGGUAUGUGCGGAAAAGCCAAAAGAGGAGGGUGCCAAUAUGAGCGUGAUCGAAUUGUCGGAUGGAGAGCCGGACAACGACAGAGCUCCAGAGCCAGUGACCCCGAAGAAGCGCAGAUUGAACCAAGAGGCCGUGUUCACCCCCAAGCGAAGCAACGCAGCCGUUCGCGGUAUGUCAGACUUGGCGAGAAAGUUCUCACCUGGUGAGAUAAAGAAAAUCAUCAAGCACCAUUCUACAUCCGACAUGCCGACGGAGGUAGACCCGAGGGCAACAGAGUUCCUCGUGUUAGAAUGUUUGACACACUGGGGCUUGGCCUCGUCACGACUGUUCAAUGCUCUCAAGCGAUCUUUGGAUGGGACGAUGAGGCAGGUAUUUGAGGAUGUAUUGGGUAAGUUUGCCACCACAGAACUCUACACAAAGACCUGGGAUCACGUUGAGAAUUUUGUAUCUCUUCACUUCGGCCUACAGUUCGGCAAAGGAGAAGGUGCAUGUGACCGACUCCUCCAAUUGGAAACAUACCGUCCUCUCACCGAGAACGAAACUGCAUGGAAAUAUAACCGAGACCAAGAACUGGAGAUUUUCCGUGCCGCCAGAUAUCGCCAUCGAGCAAUGGCGUACUUCGAUAAAGUGGAGUCCUCCACUGGUAAACAGGUCAAGCUGGUAGAUCGUGAGAGGAAGAUUGAGAAUGACGCCGCUCUUCGAUCACAGCUUGGAGAAGAUCCCGACGAGGUCGAGGUCCAGCUCAUGGCGAAGGUGAGGGGAUACUACAACAUUGCCUCUAGUCGUUUCUGUGAUAAUGUCUGCAUGAGCGUCCAAGGUGAACUGUUCAAGGCACUUAGAACUGGCCUAAAGGAGGAGCUACUUGAAGGUCUCAACGCCACGGACCAAAAUGCCUGCAUCCGGUUACUUGCUGAAGAUCCAGAGCGCGAGGCACGCCGUCAAGAUCUGAAGCAGCAGCGAGAGUCUCUGACGAAAGCGACACAAGUGUUGGACAGUCUGACGCUGAAGUAUCGUGACGACAAUCAGUCAGACGCCACCAUGGAGGCCGACGAAGUCGACGAGGAUGAAGACAAUAUUUCGCCUUCGCCGUCAAAUGCUCGCGCUCGUCACUGUGCCCAUCGUGCAUCUGAUACCGAAUCCAUGGACAUGGAAGCAUGAGAAAGUCAAAGCCAGUGAUCAGCUUCACUCUACACUUCCAAUUUCUAGCAUUCAUAAACCAGGUUGUCUCCCACCCAAAGCUUC